AUCAAGACCAGCUGGCUCAACUUUAACCUUUACCUGUAAUUGAAUAUGGCACGGCGAACACAAUCGCGAUAUAUCUUCGAGGUGGUUGAAAAUUCGCGAGUUUUUCGCCAUUACUUUUUUGUGAAUGGAUCAAGGAGAGCGGAUUGUACCACUUGUGAAUCUCGAGUGCCAGCCAGCGAACCGUACAGUCAUCACUGGCGUAACGAUGUCAAAAACAACAGAAGCCACUACAUUAAGAUGGGUUCUGAGGAAAAACAGCUCCUUAAAGCGAUCGAGGAUCAGGCCGUCGAAGAGUUUAUAUUAUGCGACGGGAGUAUCACAGCCAGGACGAACGACUUUCUUUUGGAUGCAGGAAUGGACGCAGUUCCCAAGCUGCUAAGAUUCCUAAGUUUCGGCACAGAAAAGUUGGAGGCUACUGUGGGAUUUUAUGUGGAUGUGAAAAAAGAGCGCAUGUACUACGAAAGCAGUCCCUUGAGUAUCGAAAACCACCUGGAUAUCGGCGAAGCAGUUGAUAUGAUAUUCUCGAUGCUGCUGGAGAAGAUAAGUAACUAUGUGCUGCUCCACCAAAGGGUUCCAUUGGAGGCGUGUGUUAUUAGAAGGAUGAAGGUGACUGUUAAGAGAUUUUGCCCUUCUAAGGGCAGUUCCCUCUCUAUCUCCAAACUUCCUUUGCAAUAUAGGGUGAAGAAUGCUGUUGAAUGCAUUGGAAGCAAUAAUAACAAAUCCUCCCCCGAUGUGGGCAAACUGGCAGAGACAUACUUGAGACAAGAGGACCAAGGACGACUUUUUCCAGCGAGUCUUAAAAUCAACCUGUACAGCUUUCGGGUUUGCAGUACCUCCAAGGAGUUAUACGCUGUGCCCUAUUUACUACGCGGAGAGGAUGUCGAAACUACGCCCACUUUCAUUAUUCAAAGGAACGUGGCUGGGGAAUUCCAAGGACUGACCGAAAUCCGCAACAUUAGAAAGUUCUUGCGAACGGAUAGCCAGGAUCGGGUUGUCGAAUGUCGUCAAUGCCAGUCGCAUUUUGUGGACCGAGUGCACUUUGCCCUCCACAAACAGAUCGCCUGUGGUCGGAAUUAUAUGGUGUGGCAAAUGGACAAAGACGCCAUCGAGUUGCACGAAAACUGUUUGCCUCUGCCUGAGGAAUAUUUUAAAUACAAAUGGAUUGGUUUGGCCAGCAAGCGAAGCUAACCAUUAAUCAUAAGGAAUUAUAUAUUAUUAUACCAUUUUUGGACCUGAUAAA